GUUCCAGCACCUGGACUUUGUCUACCUUAACGCUGGGAUCAUGCCCAACCCACACGUGAACUUCAAGGCACUCUGGCAUGGUCUCCUCACCAGGAAGGUGCUUCACAUGCUGACCACUGCGGAAGGCCUAAUGACGCAGACGGACAGGCUGAAUGGAGAUGGACUUCAGGAGGUGUUUGCUACCAACCUCUUUGGACACUUUAUUCUGGUUCGUCAACUUGAGUCUCUACUCUGCGGUAACGAAAAGCCCUCGCGACUCAUCUGGACCUCUUCCAGCAAUGCCAGGGAGUCUGCCUUCAGCCUCUCUGACUAUCAGCAUGCCAAGGGGCGAGAAUCAUACAGUUCCUCCAAAUAUGCUACUGACCUCACAAGUGUGGUUCUGAACAGGAAAUUUAAUAAGCAGGGUCUGUAUUCCAGCGUUGUGUGUCCUGGUCUCGUUAUGACUAACAUGACCUACAGAAUUUUGCCAGUUUUCCUGUGGAAGCUGCUGAUGCCCAUCAUGUGGUUGAUCCGUUUUUUUGCUAAAACUUAUACUCUGACACCGUAUAAUGGAGCAGAAGCUCAUGUGUGGCUCUUCAAACAGAAGCCAGAGUGCCUGGAUGCGCUUGUCAAAUACCACAGCUGUACUUCUGGACUGGGGAAGAGCUAUGUGGAGCCCAGAAAGAUUGAUGUGGAUGAAGAAACUGCUGAGAAACUUUACCAAAAGCUGUUGGAACUGGAGAAGGAGGCUCUAGAGAGAUACAGUGAUCUCCUAGAUUAAGUAAAGCCAGUCUCGGUGGAAUAACAGCCUAGUAUCAGUAACAUAAGCUUUCUUCAUUCUGGUGCUGCUUGUGUUGCCUGCCGUUCUGCAGGCA